AAUCAUGAUUAGUUCUAUCGAUGAUCGCGCAAUCGCACUUUUGUCCUGCUUUGCCGCCACUCGAAAGAAGGGAUCGAGCUGAAGUAGGUUGCAUGUGAAAAUAGAAUUGAUAGAUCUCUUACCAUAUUUAACAUCGAUGUGCCUUCCUACUCUCUUUUUUAUUGUUAAUCAAAUACCAUUAAUUCGAUGGUGGUUUGAGUAUUUAUUACUUUUUCUUUUUUUCAUUUUCUACGGAGUCAUAUCGAAAUAUUAUACAUUAGAAUUUUAAAUAAAACACUAGUAAUUUGCAAUAAAAUAAAAAAAACGUUAAAGAAUGUUUGAUUGUUUGUACUAAUAUAAACGCGAUACAAACUAAUAUAAACUUUUACUUUGAACGUAUCGACUCUCAUGUAAGAUAUAUCGAAUGCAAUCGAUAAUUAUCGAAGUACUACGGUGUAUGACGCAUCGCUAGUGUCGAGCAACUUUUGUUUGUAAAGUAGUGACAAUUAAUAUUUUAUUUAUCGAUUAAUACAAAAUUCUUCUAUAAUGGAAACAAAUGUAGAAUCGCAAGAAAAGUCUUUAAAAGAUAAACAAGUAGAAUGGAAAAAACGUUUACGGGAGCUUCACACGAAAAGGAAUGAAGCAAGACAAGAGAAUCACAAAGAAGUCGUUGAAGAGGAUAAGAGAAAUAAACUUCCAGCAAAUUGGGAAUCAAGAAAAAGACAAGCCGAAUGGAUAAUACAAGAUGAAGCGGCUAGGAAAAUUGCAGAAGAAAAGGGAGAAGAUUAUGAAAGAAUUAAAUUACUUCACAUAGAUGCUACGGAAGCAGAGCGCAUAGCAAGAAAAAAGAAAAAUAAGAAAAAUCCGGAUCCAGGCUUUUCAGAUUAUGAACAAGCUGCUGUUCGUCAAUAUAAUAGAUUAGUUAAAAAUAUUAAACCAAAUAUGGAAUCAUAUGAAGAACUCAAAGAAAAACUUGGACCUGCAUUUUAUGGGGAUAAAAAUACAAUUUUGCAUGGCCUUCAUGAAGAUAAGAAAGAAGCAAUUGAUAAAAUGGUUGACAAUUUGGAAAAACAGAUUGCUAAACGAGAGAGGUAUAGUAGAAGAAGAAUGCAUAAUGACGAUGCAGAUAUUGAUUAUAUUAAUGAACGAAAUGCUAAAUUCAAUGAAAAAUUAGAAAGAUUUUAUGGUGAAUAUACUCGUGAGACCAAACUCAAUUUAGAACGUGGUACAGCUAUUUAACUUCUUUUUUUUAAUGUAUAUAACUAAUACUUUGUGUUAUCUAU